AUGAAGGCUAUCCUUGGCUCCCAAGGACUAUGGGAGAUUGUUGAGAAAGGUUUUGUUCAACCUCAAAAUGAGGAGUCUUUGAAUCAAGCCCAAAAGGAAGCCUUGGAGAAAGAAAGGAAGAAAGAUCAAACUGCGCUCACAGUCAUUUAUCAAGGUUUAGAUGAUGAAAUGUUAGAGAAAGUGGCCAACGAAACAAACUCCAAGCAAGCAUGGGAGACUCUUCGAAACUCCGUCAUGGGAGUUGAAAGAGUGAAGAAAGUGCGUCUUCAAACUCUAAGGGCUGAGUUUGAAUCUCUUUUGAUGAAAGAGAGUGAAUCCAUCUCAGAUUACUUCACAAGAGUUCUGAUGGUGGUGAAUCAAUUGAAGAGGCUUGGAGAAAAAUUAGAAGAUGUUCGUGUUGUUGAGAAAAUUCUCCGCUCUCUCAACUUCAAAUUUGACCAUAUAGUUGUAGCCAUUGAAGAAUCUAAAGAUUUGGAGAUCAUGUCCAUUGAUGAAUUAAAUGGAUCCUUACGGGCUCAUGAAGAAAGGAUGAACCGAGGCAAGCAAGAGCAAGUGGAGCAAGCCUUGCAAGCAAAGCUUUCCCUGAAAGAUAAAGGAGAAGCUUGUGAAAAUGGUAGAAGAGGCCAAGGACGUGGAAGAGGUCGAGGCCGUGGACGAGGACGUGGUCGUGGAAGAGGAAAAUGUCAAACCAAGAAAGUAGAAGAGGAGACAAAGUUCAUUUUGCACAAGGAAGAUGUUGAGGAGCCCGUAUUAUUCCUCACGCUUAAUGAAGAGCACAAUGGUGAGAAGAAUAUGUGGUAUCUAGAUAAUGGAGCUAGCAACCACAUGACGGGCGAUAGAAGCAAAUUUGUGGAACUUGACACCAAAGUGAUGGGCCAUGUGCGCUUCGGUGAUGAAUCAAAGGUGGAGAUUAAAGGCAAAG